AUGGAAGAAGAAAAGAAUUAUAAAGUAUUGUUGAUUGGUGAUAGUGAUGUAGGAAAGACAUCAAUUGUAAAGAGAUUUUUAGAUGAUACCUUCGAUGAAGACUUACUUUGUACUAUUGGUGUCGAGUUUAAGAUGAAAGCUGUAGAGGUCGAUGGAAAAUCUGUUACUCUUUGUAUUUGGGAUACUGCUGGUCAAGAGAAAUUCAGAGCAUUGAUCAGUUCUUAUUACCGUGGUGCUCAUGGUAUCAUUUUAACUUAUGAUGUUACAAAGAGAGAAACCUUUAAGAAUCUUCAAUACUGGUUAAAUGAAAUCGAAACAUUCUCAAACAGAGCAAACGUAGUAAAAUUACUUGUAGGAAAUAAGAUAGAUAAAGAAAACAGAGAGGUCACCAGAGAAGAAGGUUUAGAGUUUGCCAAGAGCAAAGCAAUGUUUUUCAUCGAAUGUAGUGCAAAGACAAAGAUUGGAAUUCAACAAGCUUUCGAAGAACUUGCACAUAAGAUUAUUGAAACACCAUCACUUAGCGAGGAUAAUGAAAAUAAGAAAAAGAAGAUCAAAGCAACCGUUUCUGCAGAUGAAUCAAAUCAACAAGGUGGAUAUUGUGGUUGUUAA